AUGUCCUUGGCAACGACACCUCGCUUUGCACAUAACACACUCCAAGGGGGCAUUCGGUUGAUUCAGCAGAAGCUGUACCGAUUUGCGCUGGAGCACCGUCCCAUGGUGGACCGGCUAGUCGAAGCAUUUGCCCAAGUAUCACUGGACGAGGAUGACCCCGAAGGGGAGGAAGCCGAGGCGACAACAGCCGUGGCUGAGGACGAUCGGCUCUCCUUUGCCGCACAGCGCGGCCUGUCCUUGAGCGAUACCAAGAUCCAAUCCUGGAAGGAAGCGUGGAUUCGCAAGCAGAUGCAGACCAGAGAGUCAGAGUUUACACAGACCGAGCCGUUGUCGGUCGCCAUUGGCACUUACAACGUGAAUGGGCGUCGUCCCGUUGACGAACAUGGGCCUGUUGACCUCUCACCCUGGGUAGCCCAGGACGACCCUGCCGAUCUCUACGUGUUUGGGUUCCAAGAGUUGGAUUUGAGCAAAGAAGCCUUCGUGUUUUCAGACACCAAGCGCGAGGAGGAAUGGUCAGAGGCGCUGGCCAAGGCACUGCCCCGUUCCGAGCGCUACGUUCGGGGCAACAAGGGUGGUGUUGCUAUUAGUUUGACGAUCAAAGACACUGACAUUUGUUUUGUUGCCACACAUUUGGCGGCCCACGACGAUGCGGUCGCUCGCCGCAAUCAGGCACAGCACGAUUAUUUGUUUUGGUUGGGUGACCUCAACUACCGCAUCGAUGCCCCAUAUGCCAGCGUGCGUCAGUGGGUGGAGCAGCAAAAUAUGGAAGAGCUCAUCAAGAACGACCAGCUCAAGGCUCAACAGACUGCAGGUCUUGCCUUUGUGAGGUUCAAAGAGCCACCGAUUGAAUUCAUGCCAACCUACAAGUUUGAUCCUGGCACGGACACAUGGGACACCAGUGAGAAACAACGCACGCCUUCGUACACGGACCGAAUCCUCUACUAUGAGCCCGAUGAGGGGCAGCGCUCCUCCGUCAACAAGGUGGCUAACAUUGAGUACACUUCCGUGCCUGAGCUGCGCGUCUCGGACCAUAAGCCCGUUCGCGCGCGCUUUCUGAUUCAGGUGGCCUCGGUCAUUGCAGACAAGUAUCGAGAAAUUUACGUUUCAGUAUUGCGCCAACUGGACGCCCUUGAAAAUUCAACCAUGCCCACGAUCGAAGUGGAUACCCAACAGUUUGACUUUGGCGAGUGCAAAUUUGGAUUCAACAAGUCUCAGUCCUUGACAAUUCGCAACACCGGGCCGGUGGCUGCCAGCUUUGACAUUGUGACAGAUCAUCUCGAAACAGGCACUUUACCAAAGUGGCUACUCGUGGAUGGCGGUGCCAAUGUUAUUCUUCAAGGGCAAGAGGCCAAGUUACGAUUUACCGUCCGAAUCAGCGUGGAUGCCGCAGCCGACCUGAACGUGGGCAAGGAUGCGAUCCACGUCAUCCUCAUUCUGCGCGUUAAGAAUGGGAAAGACUUUUUCAUUACCAUCGGGGGCACCUAUGUGCCGACGUUUUUGGCGCGCACGCUGGAGGAUUUGACAUAUCUCAACGUUCCUGCACGGCAGCAUCCACUUGAGCCCAUUGUGCGAAAGGAGGCGGGCAUGCACGUGCCCAAGGAAAUUUGGCUGCUCGUCAAUCGUUUGUUAAAGGACGGCUUGAAUAACACAUCAUUGUUUUACAUUCAAGGCAAGCCGGAGGAGGUGGAUAGCAUCAUUGAGGCCUUGGAUACAACGCUUGAGUUGCCACCCGACAUCUCCAUUGAGGCCGUAGCCACGACAUUGCUGCACGUGUUAAACAGCUUAAGCGAGCCGGUGAUCCCUCGUCAGCUGUAUCAGCGGUGCAUGGAGUGCGCCCAUGCGCCCAUGCUCUGCCAGCAGUUGGUCGCUGAAUUGCCUGCUCCUUCUCGGUACACGUUUGAGUACGUCAUGGCAUUGCUACGCGAGAUUAUCGCGAGCCACGAGAAGAAGCAGAGUGUCAUCAACAUUUUCGCCGCCAUGUUCGCGCCAAUUUUGCUCAAGAGUCCACGGAGUGGAAGCGUUCGAAACCGAAACAGCGUCAUGGGUGAGUGUGUGAUCGGAUUUGUGAGGCCAUGA